AUGGGCUUACUCUGCAGCAGAAGUCGACAUCAUACAGAAGAUACUGAUGAGAAUGCACAGGCUGUUGAAAUCGAAAGACGGAUAGAGCAAGAGGCAAAAGCUGAAAAGCAUAUCCGGAAGCUUCUGUUACUUGGUGCUGGAGAAUCUGGAAAAUCUACAAUUUUUAAGCAGAUAAAGCUUCUGUUUCAAACGGGAUUUGAUGAAGGGGAACUAAAGAGCUAUGUUCCAGUCAUACAUGCCAAUGUCUAUCAGACUAUAAAAUUGUUGCAUGAUGGAACAAAGGAAUUUGCUCAAAAUGAAUCAGAUUCUGCAAAAUAUUUGUUAUCUGCUGAAAAUAUGAACAAGCACGCCAAGGUGCUUGAGGAAUCUCUGGGGAUCUUGAGCGAGAUGCUGCGCAAAACUGCAGAGGAUAAUCGUAUUGUGAGACAGACAACUAAGAUGCAGCAUGAACAGAACAGAGAAGAGAUGGAUUCGCAAGACAAGUUUUUCAAGGACUCGAUCAAGCAGAUACAUGAGAAGAGAGACGCGAAGGAGGAGAAUUUCGAGAUGUUGCAAGCUGAGGAGCUUUCAAGCUUCAUAGUCUUUCAGGAGAAAGACAUGGAGGAGUUUGUGGAGGAGAGGGAGAAGCUCAUCAAAGAGCAAGAGAAGAAGAUGGCAUAUAUGAAUAGAGGCAUCACGAGGCGAUGCUUGAUCUGGAGAGAGACUUUGACACACAACGUCCUGCUUUGGUUCCUUCUUUGGACCUUCGCAGAUCUUAUUGCUUCAGGAGUAUCAGAAGAUAGCAAAUCAUUGUUAGAAGAUGAGCGUCUGGCUUCUAAAAUGCUUAACUUGAUCCCAACUAUAAGGUCAGCAAUGGAACUGAGCACCACAGGUUAUGACAAGGAGAAAUUGCAAGAAAGGUUGGCGAAGCUCUCUGGAGUUGUUGCAGUUUUGAAGAUUGGAGGAGCAAGUGACGCUGAAGUUGGUGAUAAGAAAGACAGGGUGACAUAUGCUUUGAAUGCCACGAAAGCAGCUGUUGAAGAGGGUUUAGGAAGAUGA